UGGAGAGCCGUGGGCCAGAGAGUCCCUCCACGCGCAUGCGCGCCCAUCUGUGGCCAUGCGCGUGCUAGUGGGAGGUGGGACCGGCUUUGUGGGCGGAGCCUUGACCCAGCUGUUGAGGAGCCGAGGGCACGAGGUGACCCAUGUCUCUCGCCGUCUGGGGCCAGACCGGAUCAGCUGGGAUGAAUUGGCCCGCUCCGGCCUGCCCCCUUGUGAUGCUGCGGUGAACUUGGCUGGUGAGAAUGUUCUCAACCCCCUUCGCAGGUGGGAUGAUCCCUUCCGCAGGGUUGUGGUCACCAGCCGGGUGGCGACCACCAAGACCUUGGCCAAGGCCAUCGCCGAGGCCGAGAGGCCGCCCCGUGCCUGGGUCCUCGUCACUGGCGUAGGGUAUUACCGCCCCAGCCCCACGGCUGAGUACACUGAGGAGAGUCCCGGCGGUGACUUCGACUUCUUCUCGCGCCUGGUGAGCGCCUGGGAGGCAGCGGCUAAAAUCCCCGGGGACGGCACGCGCCAGGCGGUGGUGAGAUCUGGUGUGGUGCUGGGGAAGGGCGGAGGCGCCGUCUCCCAGAUGCUUUGGCCUUUCCGGCUGGGCCUGGGGGGCCCCGUGGGCUCCGGCCUCCAGCCCUUCCCAUGGAUCCACGUCCGGGACGUGGCUGGUGUUGUGUGCCAUGCUCUGGAAACGGAGGGUGUCCACGGGGUUCUCAACGGGGUCUCCCCAGCUUCACCUAGCACCUCCAAUGCCGAUUUCGCCCGGGAGCUGGGCUCAGCCCUGGGGCGCCCGGCCCUGCUGCCCCUGCCCAGCUGGGCGGUGCGGGGCGUCUUUGGCGCUGAGCGGGCCGUCAUGCUGCUGGAGGGCCAGCGGGUGGCGCCAAAACGCACUCUGGAGAGUGGCUACUGCUUCGUGUACCCCGACCUGCCCUCUGCCCUGCGGGACAUUGUGUCCUGAGCGGCUGAGGGGGGGUUGAUCCAAGUGCCCUGAGGACCCUCCUCUUCUGGGGAAUCACCCCAGUGGGAGCCUCACCCCCCCCCCGAGACCCCUAAUCUCUGGCUCCCACAGCCCAGCUCUGAGCUUCCCAGCUGUCUUAGCCUGAACUUUGUGGGGUUCAUCAUGAGCCAUCCCCAGUAUCCCUCCAAUACUCCCCAGCCUCUUGCUGGGGGUCACCCCAUUCUUAGCCUCCCCAGCCCCCUUCUCUGAGUGGGAAUGCUCCCUUCUGAGCCCCUCCAGAAAUCACCCCUCCCCAGCCCUUCUCGGGGGGGGGGGGCACCCCACUGUGACUUUCCUGCCCUACCCCCAUCUGUGCUGCACUGACUGUGUGUUCAGGUGGUUUUCAAGCUCCUGGUCCUUUAUGGAGCUGAGGUUCUGUAGCAAUGGCUGCUGGAAAUUGCAGUUUUUGGCUGCACUGCAGCCCCCCCUCCCUCCCACCCUGUAUACAACCUUGUCCAGUUUGCAAUAAACUGCUGGUGAGUCAA